GACAAGGAGUCAAACAAGAUUUACAGAAGGAUGUCUUCCACUGUGCUCUGUGUUGUUAUUUUGCUGGCAUGUGCCUUGGCAUUUAGCGCUGCUCAGACAAGCUGUAAAGGUCGAUGUGGUGCCGAGUACAACAGGGGUAACCUCUGCCAGUGUGACUACAACUGCCUGUUUUAUGGAGAGUGCUGCAAAGACUUUGAAUCCCAAUGCACCACAAAAAACUCCUGUAUGGGACGGUGUGGAGAAAACUUCAGAAGAGGCCGACUGUGCAACUGCGACUCUGACUGCACUAAGUUCAAACAGUGUUGUCCAGAUUAUAAGAGCCACUGUAAUGCAGAGGAAGAAAUCAGUGGAGCAACCAGUGAAACGGCACCAGGGAAGACUAGUUCAUGUGAUAAUGUAAAUGAUAACAAACCUAAAGAGCCUCUGACUGAAGCAACAGAGUUUCCAACAUUCAGCGAGGGAAACAACGCAGAUGACCUUUUAAUUCCACUGGUCAGUCAAACAUCAUAUCAACAAGAUGUUCCCAGUGAUGAUACAUACAGCCAGAUUUUUCCCAAAGAUGAAUUUUCUAACGAUGGAGUGAAGGGCCCGGAGGCGAGUCCAAUCCCAGAGAGCACCAGUGGCUACGGAUCAUCUACAGCUGACCUGCUGGAUCAGAUUUCUACUGAACCCACCAAGGAACCAGAUGCUCUAGAGUUCAGUACAGAGACUUUUACAGCUCUCUUUCAGACACAGACCACUCUCUCAGAUAAUGAACCAACACAGACCGAUAACAGCCCCAUCAUCGAAGAGGCCCCCACUGAGAGCACAGAUACCAGUGAUGCAACCAGCUCAUCCGACGCAGGAACAACUCUCCCUCAGUACUCCACAGCAGCUGAUCAUGUCUCAAGUCCGACUACUCCAACCACAGCUCCCCAAACUGAGUAUUCUCCCACUGCAAACACCCCAGAGCUGGGCACGGUAGGGCAGGCAGAGGUGCAGCCUGAGGAUCCGACUGUAGCUUCCUCUGACGAGCCCAAAGCUACAACCCUACCCGUCAGCACCCCUCCAGUAUCUACGGGAACACCACAGGGCUCCUCCUCAGUCCUGGAGAACUCUCAGUUCACCACCAUCUCUGCCUCAUCAACACUGGACUCAACGUCCGUCCCAGAGACAACCACUUCAAUCCCAGGACCAGAUGACACUGUGAAUACAGACACAGGUACCCCCUCUUCUCUGGCAGACCCUGAAUAUCCUUCCACCAGUGUUUCUCCAGCAGGGCCUGGGGACAUGCCAGAUCCUGAUACUCUGACAACCAACACUCCCACAACCACAAAUACAGAUCAGGAUGACACAACAGCUGACAUUACACAAGGAGUAACCACUGAUGGUUCGCUUAAUGUCACCCCAGACCCAACAAAAGCCCCUGAAGCCACCUCAAAACCUCAGAGCAAACCAUACAAGCCACUGCCAGCUAAACCAGCUCCAGCUAAACCAGCUCCAGCUAAACCAGCUCCAGUUAAACCGACUCCAGCUAAACCAGCUCCAGUUAAACCGACUCCAGCUAAACCAGCUCCAGCUAAACCGACUCCAGCUAAACCAGCUCCAGCUAAACCGACGCUGGCUAAACCCUCCAAACCUGAGACUAAGCCUCUGGACACCACACAAACUCUCAACAUAGACUAUCCUAGAGACUACCAAGCAGAUGACAACAACGAUACCAAUCUGUGCAGUGAGCGUCCGGUCAGUGCAGUCACUACGCUGAGGAACGGCACUAUGGUGGUUUUCAGAGGGCACUACUUCUGGGUUUUGGACAGAAACAUGGUGCCCGGUCCGGCCCGUGGCAUCACCCAAGUGUGGGGCGUCCCUUCCCCCAUUGACACUGUGUUCACCCGCUGCAACUGCCAGGGCAAAACGUACAUUUUCAAGGGUUCCCAGUACUGGAGAUUUGAAAACGGUGUGUUGGACCCCAACUAUCCAAAAGUCAUUGAAACAGGCUUUGAUGGGCUUCGGGGCCACAUUACAGCUGCUCUGUCUGUGCCUCAGUACCAGAUGAGGGGAGAGUCAGUUUACUUCUUCAAGAGAGGGGGGGUGGUCCAGAAAUAUUCAUACCAGUUUGGCACCAGUCCAACAUGUGGCAGAAGAGUCCAGCAUGCUGUUUACACAGUCCACAACCGAAUGGUUCGACAAGCAGUAUCUAGUCUGAGUCCAGCCAUCAACAUCCGGACAUCUUGGAAGGGUUUCCCCUCCACUGUCACAGCUGCUGUGUCCGUCCCCAACAACAGGGAACCAGAAGGAUACAAAUACUACGUCUUCUCAAGAUCCAAAUCCUACAACGUGAGGAUGGACCGUGGACGCCCCUUCAUUGCUGCUCCAACAGCCAGCACGUCACCUCAGAGCAACAACUUCUUCAAAUGCCAAAAGAAAGUCUGAUGAAAAAUGUGUCUCGUACAAUUUAUUUUCUUCAAUUUUAAAGUUUAUUACAUUCUUCAUAAAACACACCGCUUCAGCAUGGACUGAUUAAAAAAAAGGUACUUUACAAGUACAUUAAAAAAAAGCCAAACUAAACUAAUAACAACAGGCUUCAAAACAAGUGAACAUUAUCAAGGCUGAAUACAGAACCUGAACACGCUGAUUGUAAAAUAUGUAAUGUGUUUCUGACGGAAAUGACAAGGUCUCCAGUCACUGAUUAGUGCUUCAUCGAGCGAAUCGUCUCCCGUGUACACCCCGAGAGGGAAAUCCCUGACCUGUUGAGAUAUAAAAUAUUGUUGCUUUAACAAACCCUGCUUUCCUGGUUUAAACAGUCUGUACAGUGGCUGUAUAAAAUGUGUAUGAAAUGUAAAAGACUAAUAGUGCGUUCUCUGUUAUUCUGCUACCAACAUUAAACUGAAUUAUAAUACACCCACAUGUAUUUAAUGCUAUGAUUGGUUGUUAAUUGGAACAAAUGCUUUGCCAGGAUUAGCGUGCACAUCAUGACUGUUCAGCAAUGAUUUGUAUACAUGUUAUAGUUUUCAAAAAACAUAACGCACUGCAAUUAAUGCGUUAUGAUUAGAGGACUAAGGAGACGCAAAAGUAAAUUUAAGUCCAUUUAGUACAAAUUAUCAGGCAUGCAACCAUUUGCAAAGAAUGUGUAAUUAAAAAGCAAUAAUAUUUUAGGAUUCAAAGUUUUUUUUUCACAAGUCUAACACAGUUCCUGAAAAUAUGGAAUUUUACAUCUGAUUUACAAUAAAUAAAACAAUAUUGUUUCAGGG